AUGCCUUCGCAAAAGAUCAAGUGUGUCUUGGGCGCCGCCGCCCUUCUGUGCUCCGGGCUGGCCCAGGCGCAGAAGUAUGUCCUCCACGACAACUUCGACCAGUCCAACUUCUUCCAGGAGUUCAGCUUCUUCGACCAGGCCGACCCGACCAGGGGCUCCCAGACCUACACCAGCGCGCAGACGGCCAACGACAAGGGCCUCGCCGGCUUCGCCCGCAAUGGCGUCUACCUCGGCGUCGACGCAAAGACCAUGGGCCAGGGCCGCCAGUCGGUGCGCGUCACCUCCAACAAGGCCUACGACUCCGGCCUCUUCGUCGCCGACAUCGCCCACAUGCCGACGAGCAGCUGCGGCGUGUGGCCCGCUUUCUGGAUGUUCGGUCCCAACUGGCCCAACUCUGGCGAGAUCGACAUCAUCGAGGGCGUCAACACCCAGGAGACCAACGCCGUGACCCUGCACACGGGGCCCGGCUGCACCAUGAACAACGACGGCACCACCCCGUCGACGACCUUCAAGGAGAAGGACUGCAACGCCGGGUCCGCCGGCACCGGCUGCGGCCAGCAGACGGCGAGCAACCAGAACUACGGCGACGGCUUCAACGCCAUCGGCGGCGGCGUCUACGCCGUCGACUUCAACGCGCAGGCCAUCUCCGUCUGGUUCUUCCCGCGCUCCGCGAUCCCCGCCGACGUCGCCUCGGGCAGCCCGAACCCGGCCUCGUGGGGCGCGCCCCUCGCCAAGUUCAACGGCGGCGACGCCUGCGACAUCAGGUCCCACUUCAAGCAGCAGAACCUCGUCUUCAACAUCGCCCUCUGCGGCGACUGGGCCGGCAAGGUCUGGAGCCAGAACGCCGAGUGCGCCGCCCUCGCCCCGCAGUGCUCCGACUACGUCGCCGCCAACCCGCAGGCCUUCACCGAGGCCUACUGGCUCAUCAACUCCGUCAAGGUGUUCCAGUCGCAGUAG